AUGAAGGAUCAUGCUCGCGCUGAGGCGCUCAUUCCUCCGAUCGACGGGAGGAUCCAGGGAUUUUGGGAUCCCAUCCCGGUUUCUCCUGAUACUGUAGAGACCACGACCGAGUUUGCCGGUGGCGAUGAGGAAACCCGUCGGGUUCGCUCGGAGACUAACUCACUCGUCUCGUUCAUGUAUUUACUCGCAGCAUUCGCAUCAAACUUGCAGGCAAGAGAGACCUAGAGUCGCUCAGGAAUCGACUGGUUCCGAGCGGACUCGGGCAGCUGCUGCUUGGAUUAUCGUAGAAUAAGAGGAGCCGUCUCAGGAAAGGAAAUGACUCAACAAAAAAAAGACAGAUGCCGCCUACCUACUCAUGCUCGUAGCUCGAUCGGAGGUCAAGAGCUGUGGUCCGGCAGAAAAACGGAAGUCCGCCUUCUCUUCUUUAGAGAAGCCAAACUCGAACGGAUAGAGCAGAUGGUCCAACUACAAAACUUUUUCUUUUUUAUUAUUUUUAUGGUCGUACCUUGUGGCACGCCAGCACUCGUACUAUUGAAAUGGUUCGUCAGUAGAGAUGUUCCCACGGGUGUCCCUUGUUCCAAUUGUACUAUAAUUCCUAUUCCUAUCUCUUCAUUCCCUCUUUUGGUCUAUGUACAUUCCAGGAAAAUCAUACGCUCCAUGGACGGAGCAAAAAAUGGAGUCUUGCACGCGAUAGGUCAGCGAAGCGUGCGUGGGCGCGGAGAAGGAAAGGCCAAACACUUCGGCCGAACAGGAAUGAGCAACGAGGAAAUGACAAGAUGAGGUACUCUGGGCACCCCCAUUAAGAUUUAGAAAGAAGGGUCGAAGGUUUUGGGCCUCUAGCUUUCCCCGUCCCCCCUGAGUUGGGUGGUGCUUGUGUGGGGGGCGUGCCACCAGAAAUCGGGCUUGAAGCUCUCGCCUUACCAAGGAGCCUACAGCUGAUGGCUAUGGCUGUUGGUCACGACUACUACCAAAAGGUUCCAAUGAAAAUGAAUAUUUCCCAUGGAGGGGUGUGCAUCUGUAUGUUGGGUGUUCUUCUGUCGUGCGACCCAGCGGCUUAUGUGCGACCUGUGGCCCACGCCUCCAAUUUGUUCAGGGCGGGCGGCGUGAACUCUGAUUCGAUCCGGGUAUUCAAUCUCGCCGCUGAGAUGCUCAGUUGACUCCUUAACCUUGAUAGGAAGAUGGCUUAUUCAAAAAUUCGUGCAUAAGGGUAAGGAACUUUGGAUGAACUAAUGUGAAUGGGUGUAAGCUUCGCUGCUCGGAAACACCCAGUGCUGACCACACUGAGAGACACGAAAGCGCGGGUAACUCUAGUUGGCGAAGUGGCGUUAAGCAUCCCUAACGGUACAAAAAGAGAGGUCGUGAUGAUAUCAUCUACGUCUUUACCGCUCCUCGUGGAGUAGAUCGCACAUCCAACCAAGUCUUUAACCAGGGAACGGGAUAAUUCCCACUACCGCUGGCAGGCCAGCCGGGCCAUGAGCGCGGUGGGAACGGGCUUCCCAAAAAGCCAGCCCCGGGCCGGGGUCAGCAUAUAAUGAAGGGGACGGCCCUAAUGUUGUGUUGGCAAAGCCAACUUCUUAGGUUGCGGGCGGAGAAGAGCGGACGUUGGGACUCGGGUCGCGGGGUGCAGUGAAACUAAGAGAGCCAUUUCAUUUAGGGCGAGACAGAAUGGGCGGGCACGAGCGGUCUGGUGUCCGAGUCAAUUGGUCAGACGAUGACUACUUCACUUAUUAGUAUUAGCCGCCUAUCCCGGAAUGAAAUGAGAU